AUUCUGAAAAUAGGCUAAUACUUGAAACUUGUUCUACUUAGCCUACAAACAGGCUUCAACAGGCUUACACUUUAUUGACUGCCCAUAGCUGAGGUUAUACUGUAAAUAGCCUACACACAUUGACCAAGAGUUCAAAAGUCAGUUCUAUCCAGAGUCUAGCCUACAUAGCAGACCUACAGCUGUUGAAACAACACUUUUCAAAGUAUCGCCGCACUCGAACAUCAGCUUAGAGCGAUGGGACAGCCUAACGACCAUGCAUCCACAUGCCAAAGCAUUAGAAUAAUGUUUUAUCUUGUUACACCAAAUGAAUCUUCCUUCUCCCAUGAAGACGAAGUGCCCCAGUACAUUCAACAGGCAACCCCAUUUUUCAUUAGCCUGAUGUUGCUUGAACUACUGAUGGGCUGGCUCAAGACAGGAGGUCUUAUCUUCAGCCUGAAUGAUGAAGUCACCUCACUCUCUGCUGGCAUGAUGUCACGUUUGCCAAACCUUUUUUUCAGAGGCUUGGAACUGUCCUCUUAUGUCUACUUCUGGAAUAACUACCGCAUGAUUGAGUUACCUUGGGACUCUGUCUGGACAUGGUGGCUGGCCUUUCUUUGUGUUGACUUCUGCUACUAUUGGGUUCAUCGGUUUGCUCAUGAACUCAAUAUCCUGUGGGCAGCACAUCAAGUACAUCACAGUUCUGAGUAUUAUAAUCUCUCCACUGCUUUAAGGCAGUCAGUUACACAACAGUGUACGUCAUGGGUUUUUUAUCUUCCCAUGGCUCUGGUCAUUCCCCCAUCUGUGUUUGCUGUUCAUGUGCAGUUCAACCUCCUCUACCAGUUCUGGAUACACACAGAGUUGGUGCGAGAUCUUGGCAUCCUUGAGUUGGUGUUAAACACCCCCAGUCACCACCGAGUUCAUCAUGGACGAAACCCAUAUUGUAUUGACAAAAAUUACGGUGGAGUCCUUAUCAUUUGGGACAGGAUGUUUGGAACAUUUGCUCAAGAGAAUGACCCAGUUGUCUAUGGACUUGUAUAUCCUGUACGUUCAUUUGAUAUCCUGUCAGUCCAAUUUCAUUACUAUCAGUAUCUAUGGGGGAAAAUCCGGAAAGCUCAGGGGAUCAAAUAUAAACUGUCUGUCAUGUUCAAUGGACCAAGUUGGAGACCUGGACUGCCCAGACUAGGAGAUCGUCUGAAGGUGCCUAAGGUUGGUAAACCAGAAGUGCAGUUCAACCCAGAGUGGCCAACUUCUCUAAAAGUAUAUGUGUUUAUACACUUCUUACUAGUCCUCAUGGUCUACAAUGAUGUGCUUGCAGCAAUGAUACUUAAUCAAUGGACAGUACUUUUGAUGACUGGUUACAUUUUGCUCACUCUGACAUCACUUGGCUACAUCAUAGACCAAAGGUCCAAUUUGCAUAAGAUGGAAACACUGCGCUGUGGCAUGAUUAUGAUUUUGCAAAUGACAGGAUUCUUCAGGCCAAAUUCAGCUCCCUCAAAUGUCUUCACUGAGGUCUUCAUCAUCCUUUCCCUGCUGUUCUGGGCUAUGCAGUUCUUAAGCAAAAGAUGGAAAGAUUUUGAAUGUUAUGUAAUGUGUCCCAAUAAAACAGUGCUGGAAGAAGAUCUUCCCAUAUUGGAUGGCAAUGACACUGAUAUCAAUCUGUCGGAUGUGUCAGAUCACAGCUCUCAAGGUGAGGAGGACAAUGAAGUAGGAGAGGCUAUGCGAGAAGAGGAAGAGGUAAUGAUGGAGAGAGAAGAGGCGGAGGAGGCAGGUGAAGCAGUGGAGGAAGAAGUGGAGACCAGAAAAGACCUCCAAAGGCUUUCCAACACAAAUCACGGAACCAAAAUUAAUGAUAGGGGAGAGCAGAAAAGUCGGAAGGGAUCGGAUGAUGGUAUUGAGGUGGAUGGACAAAAGGGAUGUGUAUAUAGUUUCAAGCAAUCAUGCAGGCAGAGACCAAAUGAAGCAAAGAUCCAAGUUUAA